AUGCAAAUCAAAGAAUUGAAGCUCCACUCAAGAACCAAGUUCACAAAGGAAGAUGAUGAUAAGCUCAUUAUCAUAGUGGCUAAUUGUGGUUCUAGUGAUUGGUCAAAAGUUUCUUCAUUGAUGGGAAACAAAAAUCCCAGGCAAUGUCAAGAUAGAUGGAACAAGUAUUUAUGUCCAAGUGUCAAUAAAAGUCCAUUUUCAAUUCAAGAGGACCAUCUCAUCCUUGAACUUUACAACAUGUAUGGUCCAAAAUGGGUUCAGAUUGCGAAAUUUUUUAAUAAUAGAAGUGAUGUCAGUAUCAAAUCCAGAUUCAGAGUUCUCAAAAGACGAAAUGUAAGUGUCGAACUCUUGAAAAAUAUCCCAAAAAUUAUGAAGACCAAGAAUAAAGUUCAAGAAAUAGAUUCAUUUUUGCUUAACAAGAAGGAGAAAAAAGAAAAGUUUGAAGAAAUUCAUCAAGAGCCAUUUUUAGAAGAAAACAUUUUUGAGUUUUGCGAAGAAGAAAUCUUAGAUAAUUUCAUGUAUGAGUCAUUGUAUUUAUCAUGUCGAUGA